AUGGCUGGGCAGCACCCGAAUGACCGUAGGAACGACCUCCUUCUCGACCUGAAUGAUGAGCAACCCAUAUAUAAUGAUGGCCAGCGGCCUCCUAUGAACGAUGACGACCUUCUGCGAGCGUACAAUGCCGACCAUGAUGAAACGAAUCCCCGACCUUCGAUAUCCUACGAUGAUUUUGUGGGCGCUGGAGGAUCACAUCCUUCGAGGAAAACCCAAGAAGGGGCGGGAGCUGAAGUAGGAGAAGGACCAUAUGCGUCAGGCUCUGGGGACCGGACAUACAGUCAGACAUCUGGACUUGGCAAUUACCAACGAUACGCAGACGACCUGGACGAUUUCGCAGAAGAUGGCCAAUCGUAUUAUCACCAAGGCGGGGCCAUACCUGGGGAUGGAGCAGGUAUGCAAAUUGGGACUACAGCUAGGAACCGCAAUAGUGUUUUGAGUAUGGGCGGUGGACUGGUGGGCAGGGCAAAAAGUAUGUUAGGAAUGGGCCCGGGGUACUCAGAGAUGGACCUACCUUUGACUGAGUCGGGCGGAAGAGGCCGACUGGAUGCGACAGAGCCAGAGACACCGAAUCACUCAGGGAAGAAGUUCGACGUGGGCAAAUUCAAGUUUGGAUUUGGAAGAGGGAAGCCAGAUCCAUCCACCCUUGGCCCAAGGAUAAUACAUCUAAAUAACCCACCGGCGAACCGCGCAAACAAAUACGUAGACAACCACAUAUCUACGGCGAAGUACAACGUCGCAACCUUCUUACCGAAAUUCCUCUUUGAACAAUUCUCUAAAUUCGCGAAUAUCUUCUUCUUGUUUACUGCAGCGCUGCAACAGAUACCCAACAUUUCGCCUACAAACAGAUACACUACCAUCGGGCCUCUGAUUCUCGUGUUGUUGGUUUCUGCUGCCAAGGAGCUGGUCGAGGACUACAAGAGAAAGACAUCGGACAAGCAAUUGAACAAUUCGAAAGCGAGAGUCUUACGAGGAACCCAGUUCGAAGAGACGAAAUGGAUCAACGUCGCGGUGGGGGACAUUAUCCGGGUUGAAUCCGAGGAGCCAUUUCCCGCAGACAUUGUUCUACUUGCUAGCUCCGAACCCGAGGGUCUUUGCUAUAUCGAAACCGCGAAUUUGGAUGGGGAAACCAAUCUUAAAAUCAAGCAAGCAAUUCCGGAAACUUGUGUACUGGUCAGUCUGAAUGAUUUAAGCAGGCUUGGAGGAAAGCUGCGUUCUGAGCAGCCGAACAGUAGUCUUUAUACGUACGAGGCGACUUUGACAGUUUCAGCUGGUGGAGGAGAGAAGGAGUUACCACUGCAACCUGACCAACUUCUGCUCAGAGGAGCAACUCUGCGCAAUACGCCUUGGAUCCACGGCGUUGUUGUGUUUACCGGUCAUGAGACAAAACUUAUGCGCAAUGCCACAUCCGCACCUAUCAAGAGGACUGCCGUAGAGCGACAGUUAAAUAUGCUCGUCCUCCUGCUUGUCGGCAUCCUUAUUGCUCUCAGCGUCAUAAGCUCGAGUGGAGACUUGAUCGUCCGAGCAUAUAAAGGAAAGGAGUUGAGCUAUCUCGGCUAUUCUGUAUCGACAACUGCCGUGGAGAAGACUAGACAGUUCUGGUCCAACAUCUUCACUUACUGGGUCCUGUAUUCUGCUCUAGUACCCAUCUCUCUCUUUGUCACCCUCGAAAUCGUCAAAUACUGGCACGCUAUUCUCAUCAACGAUGACUUGGACAUGUACUACGACAAAAUGGAUACCCCAGCCGUGUGCCGAACAUCAAGUUUGGUUGAAGAACUGGGGAUGGUUGAGUAUAUAUUCUCGGACAAGACUGGGACCUUAACUUGCAAUCAGAUGGAAUUCAAAGAGUGCUCGAUUGGUGGCAUUCAAUAUGCUACAGAGGUGUCUGACGACCGUAGGGCCACUUUUCAGGAUGGUACUGAGGUCGGGGUCCACGAUUUCACCCGUUUAAAGCAGAAUCUCGAGUCCGGUCACGAAUCGGCUCAUGCAAUCCAUCACUUCCUCUGUCUAUUGUCAACCUGCCAUACAGUAAUCCCCGAAAGGACAGAUGAAAAGGGAGGUGCAAUCAAAUAUCAAGCCGCAUCGCCAGAUGAAGGUGCUUUGGUGGAGGGCGCUGUGUUAAUGGGGUACCAAUUCACAGCACGAAAGCCGAGAUCUGUCCAAAUCACGGUCAAGGGCGUAGAAUAUGAGUACGAGCUGUUGGCCGUUUGCGAAUUCAAUUCGACAAGGAAACGCAUGUCUGCCAUCUUUCGUUGCCCUGAUGGACAAAUCAGGUGCUACUGCAAGGGAGCCGACACCGUCAUCCUAGAGCGAUUGAGUCCCGAUAACAACCCCCACACCGAGCUGACUUUGCAACAUCUUGAAGAGUAUGCAUCUGAAGGUCUACGAACUCUUUGUCUGGCUAUGCGACAGAUUUCCGAGCGAGAAUUUCAGGAAUGGUGGAAAGUUUUUGACAAGGCCCAGACGACCGUCAGCGGAAAUCGUGCUAACGAACUUGAUAAAGCUGCUGAGCUCUUGGAAAAGAACUUCUACCUUCUUGGUGCCACGGCUAUUGAAGAUCGUCUUCAAGACGGAGUGCCCGAGACUAUUCAUACCCUUCAAGAAGCCGGAAUCAAAGUUUGGGUUCUGACUGGAGAUCGCCAAGAGACUGCAAUCAACAUUGGCAUGAGUUGCAAACUCAUCAGUGAAGAUAUGACUCUUUUGAUUGUUAACGAAGAGACCGCUGCAAUGACCCGCGACAAUCUUCAAAAGAAGCUUGACGCAAUUCGGACUCAGGGCGAUGGAACCAUCGCCAUGGACACCCUUGCGCUUGUCAUUGAUGGGAAGUCUCUGACUUAUGCUCUGGAAAAGGACCUCGAGAAGAAUUUCCUCGAUCUCGCCGUCAUGUGCAAGGCUGUGAUCUGCUGUCGUGUAUCGCCUCUUCAGAAAGCCCUGGUUGUCAAGCUGGUCAAGCGUCAUCUAAAGGCCGUUCUCCUUGCCAUUGGUGAUGGCGCAAAUGAUGUAUCCAUGAUCCAAGCUGCACAUAUUGGUGUUGGUAUCAGUGGUAUGGAAGGUCUACAAGCUGCGCGAAGUGCAGAUGUGGCCAUUGCACAAUUUAGAUAUUUGCGCAAACUGCUCCUCGUGCAUGGAGCCUGGAGUUACCAGAGAGUGUGCAAAGUCAUCUUGUACUCUUUCUACAAGAAUAUCACCUUGUACAUGACUCAAUUUUGGUACUCCUUCCAAAACGCAUUCUCCGGACAAGUAAUCUACGAAUCUUGGACAUUGUCUUUUUAUAACGUUUUCUUCACCGUCUUCCCACCCCUCGCCAUGGGAAUUUUCGAUCAAUUCAUCUCGGCACGUCUCUUGGACAGAUAUCCACAAUUGUACCAACUCGGUCAAAAGAACACGUUCUUCAAGAAGCACUCUUUCGUCUCGUGGGUUGGCAAUGGAUUCUAUCAUUCUCUGGUCCUCUAUCUUGCGUCCGAGUUAAUCUGGUGGCGUGAUCUGCCCCAGAGUGACGGUAAGACCUCUGGUCACUGGGUCUGGGGCACAGCUUUGUACACAGCCGUACUCGCCACAGUCUUGGGCAAGGCAGCAUUGGUCACCAAUAUAUGGACCAAGUACCACGUGAUUUCCAUACCCGGAAGCAUGGUCAUAUGGAUGGCGUUUCUCUCAGUCUAUGCCGAGGUCGCUCCAAGGCUUGGCUUCUCGAUGGAAUACGAAGGUGUCCUUCCCCGACUUUUCUCCAGUCCAGUAAAUUGGCUUCAAGGCUUGGUGCUGCCUGUCCUCUGUCUUGUCAGAGACUUCGCUUGGAAAUACGCAAAACGUAUGUAUUAUCCGCAAACCUAUCACCACAUCCAAGAAAUCCAAAAAUACAACAUCCAGGAUUACAGGCCAAGAAUGGAGCAAUUCCAAAAAGCAAUCCGAAAAGUACGACAAGUACAACGCAUGCGCAAGCAACGUGGUUACGCUUUCUCACAAGCCGACGAGUCCCAAACCCGCGUCUUACAGGCCUACGACACCACGCGAGAACGUGGCCGGUACGGAGAGAUGGCGAGUGUGCGACCGGGAGGCAGAUGA